AUGGCCACCGACUCGAUCACAUUUAACCAUAUUCUGGGACAGGUGAGCUUCCAAAUAACCAUAUCAUUCAGGAUAAUAGGUUAGCGUAGAAGUAAUAGUAUCCAACUCAAAUUGUCAUUUUUCUAAGUUACUAAAGACUGAGGACGUUUCAGAAGCUUUUCUAGUUGAAAUAAAACGAUUCCAACUGGCUCUUCUUAUAUUUCAUGCCAUUUUCAUUUUCAAUCCGUUUUUGUCCAGGGCCGAGUCAACCAGCUGGGAGGGCUCUUCAUCAACGGCCGUCCUCUUCCACUUCACGUCCGACAGGCCAUCAUCUCCAUGGCUAACAAAGGGAUCAAGUGCGUUUAAGCUUCUUUUCCAGUUUCCUCUCUUCAUUUUCAGAUGUAUUCUUAGCUUUACCCUUAGUUCCUACUCCCAUCUGAUUUCAGACCCUGCCACAUCAGUCGCCAACUCAAAGUCUCCCACGGCGCCGUCUCGAAGAUCUUGAAUCGCUACGCGGAAACGGGCUCCAUAUCGCCAGGCCAGGUACGGUUACAAUCAGAAUUCCGGUGAUAAGAUAGGAGCAACAAAACGCUAACUAUUUGUACACAACACGUGCCGCGUGUCAUCUGCAAAUUCAAAAAAAAAGGUUACCGUACUCGCGGCGCGGGUAAAUUUAGAGAGGUGAAGGGUUGCGCAGGUGCGACGGCGCCACGGGUGGCAGUCUUUUUCGAAAAAUGCCGAUUGCUGUGUCUCUGGGGGGCGUGCAGUCUCUAGUAUUCUUUAGUUGUUUAUUAUGGUCACUACCGUAUCCUCUGGAACUGGAACAUUCAUUUUCAGAUUGGAGGCAGUCCUCGCGCACGGAUGACCGGACAAGCGGUCGAAAAGGAGAUCAUAGUCGCGUUUGAAGAGAAUCCGCAAAUGAGCCCGACGGAACUGAGAGAUCUGCUCAUUCAGAAGGAAGUGUGCACGAAGGGAAACGCGCCGACAGUUCCUGCCAUCAGAAGGCUAAUCGGAUCGAAAGGUAAGAAAAGGGGAAUGAGAAGACGGAGGGUUCCUAUGAAAGGGAUUGAAAGUAAACAGAGAAGCGGUUCGGUAGCGGACGUGGGUUCCGCUACUGAUAGCUGUGUCAUUUGUUUGCCUUUCCAUGACUUUUCUUCUUUCGGCGAACAACGUGGUGUGUUGAAUGUUGAAUUCAAAUCGGUUAGGAAGCACACGAAGGUCAUUCCCAGAGCUUUUGCGAAAGUUCAUGAGAAUCUUAAGUCAGCGAAUCAGAAGUUCAGCGGCAGACAUCAAAACCAUUGAAACUAGCAGAGAAAUGGGUGUGCGAUCACUUCCAUUUCUGACCCGAUCAAUCAUUUUUUCAACGCCUAUCAUCUCUCUUUUCUUCUCAUCAGCUUGUACUUUUCCGAUUUUGCAGGCCUCCACGUCCGAGAGAAGAAGAUGGAACGGAAGCGGCUCAGCUACAGCAUCGACAGUAUCCUCGGCAUUUCCAUCGGUAAGCACUCUUUGUCUUUUCUCAUUUCCAAAUGGAUUUCACACAUUUAUAAUUCGGUUCCGUCUGUCUGUCCUCCAGUUCUCAUUUCCAUUUCCUGUCCAAUUUGGCCCGUCUCUUUUUGCAACUCUUUUUCCUCUCCAAAAGUUUCCCACCACGAAGCAGCGGUUACUGUACCUUUUGGGCCAGAGGGCAUACGGUAUAUGGACUUGCCGCCUUCAUAUAAUAACGGUCAUUAACACUUUGAUUAGUGUAGAUGAGAUGCAGAAAGGGUGGCUGUGUCUGACUGCGUGUGUGUGUGUGUGUGUGUGUGUGUUAACGGUGUGAUAAGACGAUAAAACUGAUGGAAAGAAAGGAGAAGACGUUGGGUUGAAAGGAAAGGACGCGGGGUGAAAAGUGUGGGGAGGCGAGGAAGAAGAAUGAUGUGAAUUGGUCGCCAAUUGGGAAAACUGAUACCGGCGACGAUCGGGUCGACGGGGGAUUCCAUACUGAUUUGAUUAUUUGUUUGUAAGCGUGCGUGGCGCUCCGAUUUUCGAGAGAACCAUGACUAAUUCAAUCAGCCACGUGGUCAGGUACUGUAGAAGUGAAUAAGGGUCAAUCUGGCGGUAGUUUUGACAUAGUUAUCUUCAGAAAAGACUCCCCAAGAAGCCUUACUUAUUCUCAACUUUGCAACAUUGUUCCGGGGCCACCCCCUGCUGUUUUUGCCUCUUGGCCGCCCGCACCACCACAUUCCGGCGUCCGUCGUCCAACUUGUCGUCAAUCUUGUCAAGCAUCCACUUCCAAAAGUGUGAACAUUUAACUUCUCGCCCCAACCAACCACCAGAGUCAGUCUCACAUAGCAAUUAAGAUAGAGAUUUGCGCACUUGAUAGGUGCCUAUUCAAAUAGGUUAGGAAGAAGGCAUUUGCGAAGCGGGACGUCCCCAUAAAUUCCAUAUUUCGCGGCCAAUUGAUCAGGAUGGGCACUUUGGAGGAGGGGAGGGUCGAUGCGCGAAAAAAAGCGCUACAUCUACACACAAUGUCAAAGUUUGACACGACGGAAUACGGUAGCCGUUCAACUUUCAAUUAGAACCCCGCGCAACAAGAAAGCCACACUCAUUCUGAUUGUGACCGACCAGAAUAGAAGGUGUCCUUCUUUCCGUCUUUUUCGCAAGCCUUCUGUGACGCGCUGACAUUAGCACUGUGCGAGGAUGAAGGAAGCAGGUGAAAAGCUGAAGGUUGAUAGUUGGCAGAAUGAUCAAAAGACUAAGGAUUACGGUAGUUUUGGAUUCAGCUUGGUUUCCGCUGUUCCAAGUGUAAUCCAUCCUGACCGUUUGACAACCGAUUAGCGCACAGCUCAUAAAACUUGAGUGAAGGUGAGACCACACGACGAAUGACGACGAUGAUGAUGAGGAUGGCGAUGACGAUAAAAACAAAUUAAUAGGGUUCUCAUCCCGAGACGAAUGGCCAAUCCUGUCCCCGCACACACAGGUGUCAAGUUCGUCAGAGUCCAUAAAUUUAGCCGCAAUAGGACAAGUCACUACGAUCUUAUCGAUUAGUACGAGGGGCGCGCGCGAGAGAGACCACCUCUGUGUGGCGCAACAUGAUAUAUUAGUAAUUGGGUGGGAGGUCGACCUGCCAAUUGAGUCACUCUUCCGGCGGCAGGGAUUACUUUUCGCUUCCAACAACUUCUUUUCGUUUCAGAUGAAUGCAGCAAAUCGUCUUCAGACGACGAAGAAGGCUCCUCUCCCUCCAACGACUCCUCUUCCCGUCGCAAUCGGACUUCAUUCACCGCCGAGCAACUGGACGUGCUCGAAAGAGCAUUUUCCGCAGAAACCUACCCACCUGCCAAUGCUCGAGAAAACAUUUCCAAAGAGACGGGGCUCAGCGAGGAGAAGAUCAUGACGUGGUUCUCGAACCGAAGGGCCAGAUGUCGGAAGAACAUGCCAGUCAUCUACCAGCAGUACAGUGCGCAGAACUUCGCAGCCGCACCGGUGAGCCUAACGAUGGUUCGAAGCUUUCUAAUCAAAAUAGUUUUUUGAGAAUCACUACCCGAGCCUGCUGCCGUCUCCGAUGAUGUUCCUGCCCUCGUACGGAACGAGUCCGCAACUCAACCCGCUCUUUUUCCAACACCUUCUCCAAUCGAGUCCGCCAUCCAGCCAAUCGAGUCCUCCGUCCACGUAA